AUGAAAUGCAGAAAAAUAAUAUUAAAAUUAAAUUUCAAGAAGAAUGGAGAUCUCUUCGCCAUGUUUAUCUUCGAGCGGUUUUCCACGACUCAAUACCUCGAUUUAAAAAUACCUACCUAUGAAUUGAAGGAGAGCUUCAACUAUGGUCUGUUCUGUCCUCCGGUCAACGGCAAGGCCGGAAAGUUCCUUGACGAGGAGCGUCGACUUGGCGAUUAUCCUUUCAACGGACCUGUUGGAUAUCUUGAGUUGAAGUAUAAGCGUCGCGUGUACAAGAUGCUGAAGCUAGAUGAGAAGACGCUGAAGGCGUUGCAUUCGCGAGCCAACUUGCGCCGCUUCCUCGAGCAUGUGACGCACGCCCAGAUCGACAAGAUCACCAAGGCCUGUGCAAAGGGUCUGGAUCCGAACUUCCACUGCCACGAUACCGGAGAAACACCCUUAACAAUAGCGGCUGGCUUAAAAUCACCUGGCAAAGUCCUAAUAGCCCUUGUGAAUGGUGGUGCUUUACUCGACUACCGAACGAAAGAUGGCAGUACAGCUAUGCAUCGGGCAGUAGAGAAAAACUCAUUAGAAGCAGUAAAAACACUUUUAGAACUAGGAGCGUCACCGAAUUAUAAGGACAGCAAGGGAUUAACACCUUUGUAUCUGUCGGUUACCUAUAAAACGGACCCAUUAUUGUGCGAAACGUUAUUGCACGAUCACGCAACUAUCGGUGCUACGGAUCUGCAAGGGUGGCAAGAAGUACAUCAGGCAUGCCGCAACGGUCUCGUCCAGCACCUGGACCACCUGCUGUUCUACGGCGCGGACAUGAACGGACGCAACGCGUCGGGCAACACGCCGCUGCACGUGUGCGCCGUCAACGCCCAGGACUCCUGCGCCCGCCAGCUACUGUUCCGCGGCUGCGACAAGGAAUCGCUCAACUUCGCCAAUCAGACCCCCUAUCAGGUAGCAGUUAUAGCUGGAAACUUAGAAUUAGCAGAAGUUAUAAAGAACUAUAAAACGGAAGAAGUCGUGCCUUUCCGCGGACCGCCCCGAUACAAUCCGAAGCGGCGGUCUGCGGCGUGGGGCGGCUGGUGGCGCGCCGGCGACCGCUCGUCGCUGGCCUCGUCCACGCGCAUCCCCGCUGACCUGGACGUGCUGCUGCGCCGGCCGCCGCUGCACCCGCUGCCGCCCGGCUCGCCCUGUAGCAUCCAAAGACCGUUUUCCUCUGCGUCCUCGAGCCUAAGCGACGCGAGCCACCCGAGUCACGAGGACGACGCCAGUAUACUCACAGAUAAGAGUGCGGGCGAGGCGAGCGACGUGGUGUCGGAGUCGAGCGGCGUGGGUACCAGCGCGUCGGACACGGGCAGCGCGCCGCCGCCCGGCGCCACCGCCGUGUGCGUGCGUGCGCACCGCCCGCCCGCGCCCCACGCGCACCCCGCCGCGCCUCAUGCCCCCCGCCAGCUGUGCCUCGACCCCGGCGACGUGCUGCGAGUAACGGGUUGUACUGACGACGGCAUGCUGGAAGGCACGAUUCGAAGUACGGGCGCAUCUGGACUGUUCCCCGCGCACUGCGUGCAAGAAGUGCGCUUGCGACAGAACAACGCACAUUUACAUCAAGUGCUAUCAACGGGACCAAUGCACCACUCCCGCGUGACGGGACGCCGGGAGAUGGCCCUCAGUAAAACCUACAGCGCGACCGCGCCCAGGAUAAAGAAAAGCUACGGGUGCGCGGCGGCGGAGGCUGCGGCGGUGGCGCGCUCGGUGGAGCGUACGGUGGUGCUGCACCGCGCGCGGCGCGGCUUCGGCUUCGUGCUGCGCGGCGCCAAGGCGCGCUCGCCGCUCAUGGAGCUGCGCCCGUCGCCGCGCUGCCCUGCGCUGCAGUACCUCGAUGACGUGGACGCGGGUGGCGUGGCGGACCGCGCCGGCCUGCGCAAGGGCGACUUCCUCGUUGCGAUUAAUGGUGAAGACGUAUCAGCGGCGUCGCACGAACACGUAGUGGAAUUAAUUCGGAAUUCGGGAGCUCUCGUCUCCAUGACCGUCGUUUCAUUAAAUACUAAUGGUGCGAGUGAUGAGGGCGCGUGCUCGGUGCCGGCGAGCGGCUCGUGCAAGUCGCAGUCGCAGGUGGCGGGCUGCGGCCGCGCCUACGCCGCCACGCUGCCCAGGAAAGCCGCUGGAGGUCGCAGCCCGGCGCCGGCGCCGCCGCGGCGUGACCCGCGCACCACGCUCAGCGUGGGCCGAGCGCGCGCCAAGUCUAUGGUCGCCGGCCUGGGUCAGUACGCAUUUGCUUCUAGACUAUGCACACAUACACACUAUCCGCGCACCACGCUCAGCGUGGGCCGAGCGCGCGCCAAGUCUAUGGUCGCCAGCCUGGCUCAGUACGCAUUUGCUUCUACACUAUGCACACAUACACACUACCCGCGCACCACGCUCAGCGUGGGCCGAGCGCGCACCAAGUCUAUGGUCGCCGGCCUGGGUCAGUACGCAUUUGCUUCUACACUAUGCACACAUACACACUAUCCGCGCACCACGCUCAGCGUGGGCCGAGCGCGCGCCAAGUCUAUGAUCGCCGGCCUGGGAGAGUACGCAUUUGCUUCUACACUAUGCACACAUACACACUAUCCACGCACAACGCUCAGCGUGGGCCGUGCGCGCCAAGUCUAUGGUCGCCAGCCUGGGUCAGUACGCAUUUGCUUCUACACUAUGCACACAUACACCUAUCCGCGCACCACGCUCAGCGUGGGCCGUGCGCGCCAAGUCUAUGGUCGCCAGCCUGGGUCAGUACGCAUUUGCUUCUACACUAUGCACACAUACACCUAUCCGCGCACCACGCUCAGCGUGGGCCGAGCGCGCGCCAGGUCUAUGGUCGCCGGCCUGGGUCAGUACGCAUUUGCUUCUACACUAUGCACACAUACACACUAUCCGCGCACCACGCUCAGCGUGGGCCGAGCGCGCGCCAAGUCUAUGGUCGCCGGCCUGGCUCAGUACGCAUUUGCUUCUACACUAUGCACACAUACACACUAUCCACGCACCACGCUCAGCGUGGGCCGUGCGCGCCAAGUCUAUGGUCGCCGGCCUGGGUCAGUACGCAUUUGCUUCUACACUCUGCACACAUACACACUAUCCGCGCACCACGCUCAGCGUGGGCCGCGCGCGCCAAGUCUAUGGUCGCCAGCCUGGGUCAGUACGCAUUUGCUUCUACACUAUGCACACAUACACCUAUCCGCGCACCACGCUCAGCGUGGGCCGAGCGCGCGCCAGGUCUAUGGUCGCCAGCCUGGGUCAGUACGUAUUUGCUUCUACACUAUGCACACAUACACACUAUCCGCGCACCACGCUCAGCGUGGGCCGAGCGCGCGCCAAGUCUAUGGUCGCGAGCCUGGGUCAGUACGUAUUUGCUUCUACACUAUGCACACAUACACACUAUCCGCGCACCACGCUCAGCGUGGGCCGAGCGCGCGCCAAGUCUAUGGUCGCCGGCCUGGGUCAGUACGUAUUUGCUUCUACACUAUGCACACAUACAAACUAUCCGCGCACCACGCUCAGCGUGGGCCGAGCGCGCGCCAAGUUUGUGAAAAUGGUGGAGAGAAAGAGGAAACUUGUGAACAGUUAAGCGUAGUUGGCAAAUCGUCUUCGGCUGAAUCUGUACAGUUACAUUCCGUCAGCAAUACCGGUACGACGGUGCCGGGCGGCGGCGCUGCGGGCUCGGGGGGUACCGCGGGUGCGGGAGGUGUGGCGGGUGCGCGCACGGCGUCGAUCCGCGCACGGCCCGCGUCGGGGCGCAUCACGGCCGCUGAGCUGGAGGAGCUGUUCCAGCGCCAGGCCGGCGCCGACACGGACACCGACGCCGACGCUAACGGCAUCGGAUGCGGCAUGAUGACUCGCUCGGCGUUCCAGAGCGGUUCGGCUUCGCCGCCCGCCUCGCCCUACUCGCCGUACUCGCCGCACUCACCGCACUCGCCCGCGCGGACAACGCGCGUUUAUGCCUCUGUCGCGGAGAUGAAGCGAAACCGAGCGAAGGUGUGGGGCGGGGCGGGGCCGCUGCGGCGCGAGUUCCACUCGACGCCGGACCUGGCGGCUGAACUGGCGGCGCGGCCCGCGCGCACGCGUUCUAGCGACGACGUGCACGUGUAUACGGAUCGAGCGGGACGCGCGCGCCGCCGCCCGCGGAAGCACCGCCCCCCUCCCCCCGGCGCACCCGCCUCCUCAUUCCGGCCGAGCGCUGCCGCUAAGCUGUACGCCUCGCCGCAGGAGCUGGCGCGCGUCGCCUACCGCACGCCCGCAGAGCGCAAACCGGCUUCGUUGCGCUCGUGGACGGGUAGUGGCGGGGCGGGCGGCGGGGCGGGGAGCGGUGCGGCCAGCGGGACGGGGCGCGUGGUGCGCGCGCAGUCGGCCGACGACGCCUCACACCAGUACGCACAGCCCUACAACCUGCACAAGCCCUUCCUGCGCCAGAACUCAACGCCAGCACCGCCAAUCCCUGAGCCAGACUACAGUAUGUCGGAGUCGGACGACGAGCCCGACAAGCCGGCAGAGCCUGUAGCCGAAACCAGCGCCAAUAGCAAUGCCAGCGGCAGCAGCUCUGGGUCGGGUUCCAUGCAACACUCGUUCUCGGUGGACGAGAUUCAGAAGAUCCGGACUCGGCUGAAGUCGUCCAAGUCGUGCGGCGAUGAGUUGGGCGGCGGCGAGCGCGAUGACGGCGACAACUCGUCGUCCGGCGUGUCGUCCGACCAGGAGGCGCAGGCACGGCCUCGCCGCGACAAGGUCUCCUUCUGCGACUCCGUGACCGUCAAGUCCGGCAACGACGUGAUCAGCACCGAGCCCGUGCACAGCUCGUCGGAGAGUCUGGCGGCGCCCAUGCAGCGCCACAACUCGCUGACGCGGGCGCGUGCGGCGGCGGUGGCAGCGGGCGCAGGGCGCGGGCGGGGUGCGGGGCGCGGCGCGCGCUCCGCGGCCGAGCGGCUGGGCGUGGACGUAUGCAAGGCGCCAGGCCGUGCUCGCGCCGCCGUGUCGCUGGCGCAGCUGCCGCCGCCGCCCGAGGAGCCAGUCGGCGCGCCCGACGCGCAGCCGCUGCUGGCGCCGCCGCCGCAGUUCAGCGACCGAGCACGCGUCGUGGCCGCGCUGCACAAGCCCGCGCACCGCUAG